AUGAAGGUGCGUCCGAUAACAGAGUCGGAGCCCUUAAACACUUUUUCCAGCAAGAAUCUAGCCAUCACGUCCCAGAGUCACCCCGAUGCAGAGUCCACGGCCUCGAAAGUCAUGAAGAAGCGAAUCCAUGCAUCACGAACGGUUGAUGACAGUAUCACUGUGCCCAAUAAAAAAGUCAAGAGACCCCCGUGUAGGUCCGGUAGCUCAAUCAAAGUACCCCUCACAGCCACGCAUGAACUUCGCUUGCUGAAAGCGCAAGUAAAUUCCAUGGAAACGGAUCUGCACAAGUUGAAGUCCAAGUGGGCUCGGGACUUACCGGACAAGCACAUCUUAGCUACAGCUCAGCGUUCAGCCUUAACGAAGUGUGCGGUAGCCCAGACUCAGGCAACGCAGGAUGAAUUGCAGGAGGUGCUUCUUCAACAGCAGCUGAUGUUUGCUACGCUACAGACAGCCAUCUCGCGCGCCCCGUUGCAUUCAAGCGGCCAAGAUGUCCUCAAGUCGCUGCAUUUUGAUACCCGCCUUCGACACGACACGGUGGAACGCAGUAGAGUGCUUCUUGCACACACUAAACGCUCGCUAGCCACAAUACCGUCAAUCGUGCAUCGGUUUACUCAAGUGGCAAUCGAUAAAGCGCUUGCUUCUAAAGAUGACGAAGGCGCCACCAUUGAAUCGGUACUACCGUUAUCUCGGAUUGAUAUCACGGGUUGCAAGGACUAUACACUCGUGUCCAGCGUUUUUGCGUCUGAGAUUCCACACAGCUCACUAGAAGAUGUAUACGCUGCUGCAUUGGCGUAUCUCGAUGCGAUUCCAGAAGCACUAAAACGUCACGUAGGUGCCGAGUUGACACGCACGAGGCUUAAUACGGACAACGACCCUGCAGGCUAUUGGCGACUUGAACUUAGUGGGGUUGGGCUGCCAGCAACCGUGAACCAUAUUGUGUGCUCAGAACUAACACCAUCACAUGGAGUGAUACACAUGGAUGCAGUCAUGCAUGACACGUUGUAUCCAAUUUCACGAGGGAACGACUUGGAGUUUGGUAUCGCCGGGCUUACAAUUACGCCGCAUGAAGAAGAUGGGACCAACAAGACUGUAGCGACCAUGUUGCGAUGGGUCGUUUUGUACCGCUACAAUCUGCUGCCGAAUGACCCUGCAUUACGAAGAGACUUGGAGUGCACUCGUUCUAUUCUGAAUGGUGAUCUGAUCACAGCCUCAGUGUGUUCGUAUCUCCGGCAACUGCAACACCAGCGUGCUACGUUCCAUCAAAGCAACAAGUAG